ACAAAGAGACACGAUGAAGGCCUGCGCCUCCGCCAUUACGCGAUCUGCAAGCGAAAGGGAAGCAACUGUUUCUCGCUGCUUUUCCAUCUUCGGCUAUGUCUUCUCUUCUCGCCGGCGCUGUUUCGCCGCCGGUUUCUCCGAUGAAGAAUGAAAAUGGCCUCUUCUUGCCCUUCAACUACAGCUGAACGGAACCGAGUGGCAUCCACCGUAAAAACCCGCAAGUUUCAAGGUCAUUUUCAGCCCUUGUCAUCUCCUCCCUCGCGAUUCUCCUCCCACGUUAUCUUCUUCCUUUUUUCGGAUGAAUUCAGAUUCCCGUUUUGCCACUUCAGCCUUCCAUUUUCAUCUUCCUGCUGAUACUCCACCACUUUCGACCUCCACUACUGCUUCUUCUUCUGCGUUCGGAUGUUUCGUUCGAUUUUCUAGGGUUUUCUCCUUUGCUCGGGGGCAUUUGGUGGGGUUGAAUUUGGACUGGGAAUCGGUAGCUUUACUUGAUUUUCAGUUUUUGUUGUUUCUAGUCUGUGUUUUGGUUUUUAGGCGGGGUUAAUUAAUUAAUUCCCCCUUUGUAUAGAGCUUUCCUGUUUGGAAUUUGAAAUCCAAGCCUUUGUGAAUUGUCUGUUUCUCGGCUGGGAUUUCUUCUUUCAGAAUUCUUCUGCCGACCUUUUCGAUAAUCCAUUGUGUUUGGCCUAUAAUUUUUUUGGGGACUUUUUGGUUCCUUGUUAAAUUAGCGUCUUCUCGGCCUUCCUGUGUGAUGCUAUAAGAAAUGCCGGAAUCCAAUUUCCAAGACGCGAUGUACGGUUCCGGAGCCAUGAACAACGGUGGCCGGGAUUUGGAUAACAUUCAGAACCGAGUGGGUGAUGAAGAAGACGACGUCACCGGCGGGGAAGAGUCCAUUGACAACCCUCAGAUGCGCUUCGAAGACUCCGGAGGAAUAAGCGGCUCGGUCUCGGUGAUGAACCGAGUUCAGGAUAUUGUUCCCGCGACAUAUGUUUCCGGCUCCGAUUACAACCCAUUGACUGGAAACGGCGCCGACCAGCUUACGCUGUCGUUCCGGGGGGAGGUUUAUGCUUUUGAUUCUGUCUCGCCUGACAAGGUUUGGUUUUCAGUGCAAGCCGUGCUUUUGCUUUUAGGUGGAUACGAAAUUCCUUCUGGUAUUCCUGCUGUUGGAAAUGUACCCAUCAACCAGCAGGGUACCGAUGGCCUUCCUAUCAGGUCAGUUCAACCACAAAGAGCUGCUUCGUUGAGUAGGUUUAGAGAGAAGAGAAAGGAAAGGUGUUUUGAGAAGAAAAUUCGGUACAAUGUGCGAAAAGAAGUUGCACUCAGAAUGCAGCGGAAGAAGGGCCAGUUUAUAUCCUCUAAAGCUAUUUCAGAUGGAGUGGGCUCAUCUUCAGUUUUGGCUCAGACGUUGGAUUCUGGACAAGAUGAUGGCAUGUUGGAAACUUCAUGUACUCAUUGUGGAAUCAGUUCAAAAUCUACACCAAUGAUGCGUCGUGGACCAGCUGGCCCGAGGACUCUGUGCAACGCAUGUGGGCUCAAGUGGGCCAAUAAGGGAAUUUUGAGGGAUCUUUCCAAGGUUUCAAACGUUGGUAUUCAGGAACCCUUUGUGAAGGAGACUGAACAGAGCGAUGGGGAAGCAAAUGAAUCCGACACUGGAAUCAAUGUGGAUAUUCUCAGUUCUAAUGGUGAUAAAUAGGCCAUAAACCACAAUAUGGAGAUGUACAGAGCUGAUUAUAACUCUCUGCUAAGUGCCUGCUGAUUGAAGUUGGAGCAUUUGGGUAUUCCAACAAAUUAUAUGGAAAUUCAUACUCUGCUCUAAACUGCACUUUAGAGGAGAGAGUAUAAGAAGAACCAAAAGCAGUAAAUGAAUUGCUUCCCCAUUUGUAACCAAUCAAUCAAAUCAGAUUUCCAAAGCUGAAAAUGGAUGGAUGGGAUUCAGAUGGGAAGAAUGAGGGGAGCUGAAAGAUCUUGCUGCACUCUCCAAUGGCUUUUUGGUCAAAGAAGAAGAAGAAGCUGCUCAGUUCUCAUAAGAACUGAAGGCUCUGAUCAAAGGCUGAUGAGAUGAGUUGCCUCCACUUGAGGAUAUAUAUGAAAUUAGUAAGUUAUGUUAUUCUUCUUCUACAAUGUUUGGUUAAGGUGUAAUCUUCCCUAUGUAAAAGGGCAAUUAAAUGCUUCAGAUCCAUUGUUUUUAGCUUAUUUUUAUAUACUUUUCACUAUUAUUUUUCUUAGAUAAAGCCUAGAAGUAAAUAAUAGUGUAACAUCUGACCUUUUAGUAGGGGUAUUUUAGUUGCUUUGUAUUGAAGGGAAAAUUGGUAUAUUUAUUUAUUUA